ACACCAACUACCACACCGACCACCACACCGACCACCACACCGACCACCACACCAACGACUACGCCAACUACCACACCAACAACCACACCGACCACCACGCCGACCACCACGCCGACUACCACUCCAACUACCACACCGACCACCACACCGACUACCACUCCAACUACCACACCAACUACCAUGCCCACAACCACGCCCACAACCACACCGACCACCACACCAACCACCACACCAACAGCCACACCGAAGACCACACCAACAACCACACCAAGUACCCAACCCAUAACUCAAACCACAACUCAGCCCACAACCAAACUGUCAACAGCACAACAGACGGCCCAAUCCACAGCACAACAGACGGCCCAACCCACAGCAAUAUCCACAACCCAACCCACAGCAAUAUCCACAACCCAACCCACGGCAAUAUCCACAACCCACAGCACAACCCACAACCCAACCCAACCCACAUAUAAUCCAACAGAUCAGCCUACAGCAAUGCUCACUGCUCAACCAACAACUGUGAAUACAAAGGUAACUACACCCGAACGGCCUACACAGGCUACUGGAGUGGCCACCCCCGCUGCAGUUACCUCACCACGUACUACAAAAGCGGUGCCGGCAAAUGUCACGACGAAGAGCUACACGCGUCGCCUGACGCUGGACAACGUCAGCACACUGGCGUGUUCGGCCAUCGGCGACGACCCUCUAACCCUGGUCUGGUGGAAGGAAAGCCGCCGUCUGGCACAGGGCAGCGGACCAAGCUUGCUGCUGGUCCUUCAGGGCGUGGAGACGGACUCUGGACUCUACACAUGCACCGCGCACAACCCGGCCGGCAACGACUCCAUGACGGUCUUCGUCUUCAAGAAUGAUCAAGAUGAAAAGAUCAAUUCAGCCGGCGGUUCAAGCUUCUCCAAUACAGCGAUAUGGGGCAUUGUUGCCGUGGCUGUGGUGGCAGUCGUCGUGGUGAUUGCUAUCACCGGUUUUGUGUUGCCACGGAAACACAGAGUGAAAAAGAGUGAUUUAGCGAAGGAGACAGCAGAGUGCACAGUGCGACGCAAUCGUGUACCGUCCAUCAUAUUCACCCGCCGCCCGCCGUCUGUCUGUUUCAACGCCAAGGAGCCAGGGCCCUACAACUUCCUGUCAUCAAAGCUCAAGAGAUCUAGCGGCUCAAGGGAUCUGAUCACCGAGGGUCUAGUUCUUGACGUGGAUGACGAUACCUACUCGCAUCUGUCAGCGAGCAGGUCGACGUCCCGAAUGGAAAUGGUGACUUCAGAGGUCUGGAACUACGAGACCACCUGUCCGCGCCAUCCGGAGGCAUCCAAAAGCGACAGCAUCGGGCUGGGGGAGCGCCCGCCGGUGAGCUCUGACCAGAUGAGCUUUGCAUGGGGCAACGAGCUCUCCAGCUUUGGCUGGGCAAACGGAGCCGUACAGGACGACGACAACGAGGAUGGGGCGUCUAUCUACACGGAGACAUAUCAAGCGCUGGCCGACAGCGAACUAUACGGGCAAGCAGGCGAAGCGGGGAAUUCUCCGGGGAACGCCCCAGAGCUACCGGAGAGGCCCAGGAAGAAGACGGGUUCCUACAGGAACAUGAAGAACAAUCAGAUUUAUGUUUCUAACAAGGCCAAGGCCAAGGCGCCGCUUAGCGUCUCUACAAGUGCCGGGUACAAGACACCGCUUAGUAUCUCUAAAAGUCUCCGGUCCAAGAUGCCGGUUAGCCUCUCUAAAAGUGCAGGGUCCAAGACACCGCUUAGUGUCUCGAAAAGUGUCAGGUCCAAGGCGCCGGUUAGCGUGUCGAAAAGUGGCGGAUGGGACGGCGAGUCCGCCAUGUACGAGGACACCUUUGCAGUCAGGAAUGGUAUGAGUCCGAGAACCAGCGGCUGGGAGAACAUCAGUGCGUAUGAGAACAGUGCGGUGGUCGCCGUGACAACUGCGGCUACCACUACGGCAACCAAGAGCAUGACGCAGAGGAGCAGCUGGGACAGCAUGGCCGACUACGACGACACGGCCAGGGUGCCGUGCUCCAUGGCCUGCUCCAUCGCCUGCUCGCGCAGCACCAGCUGGGACAGCACGGCGGACUACGAGGACACGGUGGCGCCCAGGGCGUCGGGCCGCAGGAGCAUGUGCUGGGAUAGCAUAGCGGAAUACGACGACACACUCUCUGCCCAUAUCGCGCACAUUGCCACCGCUAACGCCGGUCUGAAGAGCACAGGUCCGAUAAACACUGGUUGGGAUGGCGACAUCGAAUACGAAAGUACAGUCGAGGUCAGAACCAUUGAUCCCAAAAGCACCGAUCCUAAAAGCUUCACUUGGGAGGCCGACAUCGAAUAUGAAGGGACGGUUGAGGUCAAAACUGAUGCCGAUAGUAUAACCGCUGUUCCUAAAAGCACCGGUCCUAAGAGCUUCGGUUGGGAGAGCGGCAUCGAACAUGAGGGAACAUUCGAGGUCAAAACCACCAGUCCUUUACCCCCUGGUCCCAGAAACACCGGUCCAAAGAGCUUUGGUUGGGAGAGCAACGUUGGAUACGAUGGUACAGUCGAGGCUAGCCCUGCUGGUCCUAAAAGCAACAGCUGGGACAGUGCCACCGAAUACGAUGACACGGCCACCACUAAGCCCGCCGCCACACACACUAGAAGCUGCAGUUGGGAUAGCACUGCCGAAUACGACGACACAGUAGCAGCAGCGGCCAAGCUGAGAGCCGGCCCUAGAGCGAGCGGCUGGGAAAGCAUCAUGGAAUACGAGGAUACCGUGGCCCCGAGCCAUGGCAGCAACGUCGACGAUGUAAUAUACACAGAUGCCACGAGUCUGCAGGAGACCAUACGCGACGCGUUCAUGAGCUGCAAUGCCGACGCUGAACUGUACGAAGAUUUGGGAGAGCAGCCGGAGGACGGGCAAGCAAGCAUGUACGACUCCUAUGUAUAGAACAAGAGACGCCAGUCAUGCCGAGAAAGCUAGAUUUAUUAUUGAUAUGCCUUCCCUCUACAUCGAGCCAGACCUCCGUUUAUGGAAUCGGAUUGGAUCGGGGCAUUCUUAUGCGCCCAUUCCGGAGCAAACUGGAAAUUCAUGUCUGUAUUCUCUGUGUCCGAAGUUCAGUUGAUACAAUUCUCGUCACCCCC